GCAGCCGCGCCACCCGGCACUGUGUGGGACAUGAGCGCCGUUGCCCCCCCGGGGCCCGCAGCUGGACGGCCCGGAGCAGGCUGGCCGAGAAGGCUCAAGGCAGCCACCAUGAGAUUCUGGGCUACUUGCCCUUCCUUGUCCACCAUCUACUUCCUCUUUGUCAUCUUUGCCGGGUCCACCAUUUUCCACUGCCACCAGCGCCUGGCCCUGGUGCCCGCCCCCUGUGUCUACCCGGGCCGCGUGGUCCUGUUCCCCAGACACCUGCCCUUGGGGGGGGGCAUGUCCACCAUCAACUCCAAAGGCCGCCUGGGGAACCAGAUGGGGGAGUACGCCACCCUGUACGCCCUGGCCAAGAUGAACGGGCGGCCGGCCUUCAAGCCCCAUAUGCACAGCACGCUGGCCCCCAUCUUCAGAAUCACCCUCCCCAUCCUGCACGACACCAUGGCCAGCAGGAUCCCCUGGCAGAACUACCCCCUGAACGACUGGAUGGAGGAGCGGUACCGACACAUCCCGGGCGAGUACGUGCGCCUCACCGGCUACCCCUGCUCUUGGACCUUCUACCACCAUCUCCGCGCCGAGAUCCUGCAGGAGUUCACCCUGCACGACCACGUGCGCGAGGAGGCCCAGAACUUUCUGCGGGGUCUGCAGGUGAAUGGGAGCCGGCCGAGCAUCUACGUAGGGGUCCACGUGCGCCGGGGGGACUACGUCCACGUUAUGCCCAACGUGUGGAAGGGCGUGGUGGCCGACCGGGGCUACCUGGAGCAGGCCCUGGACUGGUUCCGGGCUUGCUACCGCAGCCCACUCCUCGUGGUCACCAGCGACGACACGGCCUGGUGCUGGCAGAACUUCAAAGGCUCCCUCCGGGACGUGGUGUUUACCGGCAACGGCCUGCAGGGCUCGCCCGCCAGGGACUUUGCACUACUCACGCAGCGUAACCACGCCAUCAUCACUGUGGGCACCUUUGGGAUCUGGGCCGCCUGCCUCACGGGUGGGAACACCAUCUACCUGGCCAGCUUCACCCUGCCCAACUCCCCCUUCCACACGGUCUUUAAGCCCCAGGUGGCCUUCCUGCCGAAGCGGGUAGGCACCGCAGCCAACCUGGGGCAGGCUAGAGAGAAUGUCCCCUAG